AUGGAUUUCCCAGAUGAGGAUGUGAUGUAUUUGAAAGCUCGAGAUUGUGACGAGACAUUGCCCGAAGAAGGACCAGAACCUAGAUCCCGAUGGGGUUUAGUUUUUGAUGGAGCCUCUAAUGCUUAUGGUCAUGGUAUUGUGGUUAUUAUCACACUGCAAGGUUCAUAUAUUCCUUUCACUGCACUCGUGAUUAUUACUGAAUAUGAAACUUGCAUCAUAGGACUUGAAGAGGCCAUUGAUCUUAGAAUUAAGAUUUUGGAUGUUUAUGGAGACUCUGCACUCGUGAUUAAUCAAAUUAAAGGAGAAUGGGAAACGCGUCAUCCUAGCUUGAUCCCUUACAAAGAUUAUGCCAAAAGGCUGUUGACAUUCAUCAACAAAGUUGAAUUCCACCACAGCCCUCGAGAUGAGAAUCAAAUGGUUGAUGCUUUGGCCACACUGUCUUCCAUGUAUAAUGUAAAUUUCCAUAAUAAGUUGGGGAAGUAA